AGCAGCCAUCAGGUGAGAAGAAGUUCAGACGCAGAGAUAAGGACCUCUGGUUCUCUUGUGGACAGUGUGGAGCUGGUGACCAUGCUGGCUGGGAGCAGGGAGCAGGCAUCACUACCUGCCAGGCAUGGUGUGGUGCUGGCGGUGAACGGGGCCACGGGUCACAUCAGUCCCCCCACUGGCAGUGAGGGUGUCACCCCACCGGGAGCAGGACACCCCAACAGCCUGUCUGCUGGGACAGCGACCCACCUGCUCACCCACAGCCAUCUUCCUGCUGCUGGAAGCCAUCACCGUGCUGCAGGAAGCCGGGAGAGAGGCAAGAGGGCUCUGGCUUCUCCCAGCAUCCCUGCAGCUGCCGAGAGGAUGCCGCCGGUUCUGGCAGCCAUUGGCACCGAUUCAUCCCAGAGGACACUGGGCGGGCGCCGCGGGGCCUGGGACAUGGCUGGAUUUGACAAUGCAACAAGGACAGUGCUGCUGCCUCCCUCCACAGAGACUCAUCUCCCAGGCACUGGCAGCCCCCCUGGGCUGGCAAGCAGCUGGGUGGGCACAGAGCUGCCUGGCAGCCCUCCCACAAAUACUGCAGCCCCAUCACCCAGCCCUUUGGGGAGCAGCUGGGGGAUGCUGAGGCCCCUCCCCAGCACCACCCUCUCUGGCUUUCCAAGACAGCCUCAGUCCUCCCACCAAGAUACCAGUUCCCAGACUGGCAUGCUGCACCCCAGGUCUGUCACAGGGGAUGCCACAAGCCCUUCACUCACAGCAUCACCUGCCAUGGACAGCACUUUCAGAGCUGCUGGGAGCAGCCAUGUGGCUGCAGAAGACCCGAGGUCCAGUACCCGAAGGGCAGUGCCCGGCUCCGCAGCUCAGCCCCUGGCCUCGGCACCCUCCUCAGUGGCCCUGGCACAGGGACGUUUGCCCAGGCCCUCCACGGAACAACAGCUCACCUCUUCUCACUCAGCUUCAGAAAGCACUGCUGUGGCAGUUGGAAGCAGCUACCAACCAUCCAGUGUCUCGGCCACAGAGAGGAGAGUUUCGGAUUUCCCCACCAUCAGUACCUCUGUUUCAACAACAGCCACCAAGAGUGGAGGGAGGACGUUAAGAUCUCUGCCAGCCAGCACCAGGCUGGCCCAAACAACAGAGGUUUCCACCACUGGUACCGAAAUCACCAGCUCUUUAGACAAGACCAGGUCCCCUGGGAUGUCUUUGGGAGCCCAGGCGGGUGGUGGCAGAGAUGCCACAGACCUGUUGCUCACAGGCUCACCAUCUGCUUCGGAAAGCACAUCCAUGACCUUUAGCAGCAAUUACGAAACCAAGAGCAUCCCAACCUCAGAAGAGGUGACGCUGGACUCAGAUGCCCACAGUGCUGACAUGCCCAGCGUGGCUGUGGGGGCACCAGGGUCCCCCACAAAUGGCCGCACAGUUGGGGUGACACAUGACUCUGCCACCAGCACUGACCCCACCAGCUCAUUGCAGGCAACCUUCUCCUCAGCGACUGGGACACACCGUCCUAACAGCUCACGGGAAGCCACUGAUCUCCCAGCACCUCCCGGGGAGCUCACAAGCUCCCUCUCUGCCUCCGAAAGUACUUUCAGAGGUGUCAGAAGCAGCCACCGACCAGCUAAGAGCUCAACAUCAGAGAAAAACCCCCUUGCUUCCUCUCCCACCAGCACUUUCCUUUCAGCCAUGGCCACCGGCAGCGGUGGGAGGCCUCCAAGGUCUGCCACGGCCAGUAGCCAGUGGGCAGCAGAAGUCUCCACGUCCAGCAGUGGCGUGUACAGGACCUUGGGCACCAUCCGAUCCUCAUCCAUGUCUUCUGUGAGAGACACCUACGGAUCUCGUGGGUCCAGAGAAAUCACAGAUUUCACCGAGCAGGUGGCAGACCCUUCACUAACACGCUCUCACUCUCCUGCGGAAGGUCCUUCCCCAGCUCCUGGAAGCAGCCAUGUGUCAUUCAGCAUCCUGUCAACAGAGAGAAGAACAUAUUUCCCCACCACCAGUACCUCUGUUUCCACAACAGCCACCACGGGUGAAGGGAGGACGUUGAGGUCUCUGCCAGCCAGCACCAGACUGGCCCAAACAACAGAGAUUUCCACCACUGGUACCAAAAUCACCAGCUCUCCAGACCAUACCCAGCCCUCUUUGGGAGCCCAGGGUGAUGGUGGCAGAGGUGCCACCAUGUCAUUCCCAGAUCCGUUGCUCACAGGCUCACCGUCUGCUUCAGAAAGCACUUCCUUAGAAGGGACCUCAGCUAUGGGAAGACAACUGCCUGAUGCUCCUCUCACCUUUGCAGCCAGCUCAGUGACAGCCACCAGUGGUGAGGAGAGGACCACAGUGCCUGUGUCAGACACCCAUGAAGCAUCCAGCAUGACAGGGAGCUCCACUCCUGCUUCACCCCACACCAAGUCCUUGGAUGUGGCCCUUCUGCCAUCCUCAUCAUCAUCAGAGCCUGAGACACAAAGCAAUGUUUCACAGAGCGGUGCCGGUCUCCAUGAACUGGCAACAAAGUCACUGCCUGCAUUUCCUCCUGGCAUUUCAGUGCCUUCGCCUUCACCAAGUGCUUCAGGUGGAGGAAAAAGAGCUUCUGGCGCUCCUACUGAGACCACAUACAUCUCGACCGCACUCUCCGGGCACGAGGAGGGGACAUCUCAGGCUGCUGCUAACAACAACACAUGGAGCACAGCAGCAGUGAACCCCACAUCUCACCUGGCCACGGCCAGGGAGCCCCGCACCAGCCCCCUCCCAUCCUCCACGGCAUGGCCUGGAGCAGGACACGUCUCAUCCAGCCAUGCAGGGUACCCAGGGUCCGAGGCCACCCUUCCAUCCAGGGUCUCCACCUACUUCUCGGUUGCUGGUGAACCUUCCACCGUGGGCAGCAGCCAUCACUCCUUAAGCAGCUCGAGUGAUGAGGAAAGGAUGUCCAGCCCCAUCACUGGUCCUGUGAACAGUUCAUCCACGUCUGCUGGUGGUGGAGAGGGGAUGCUGCGCUUGGUGACGGAUGGCACGCUGGCUGGUGGCACGGAGAGCUCUGUUUCCUAUGCUGGAGCUGCCAGCUCUCCAGGGCCGGUUGGGCCGGCAUUGGUGGAGCAGAGUGGGACGGCCAACACCUCCACCAGCAGCAGGGGCUUUGCAGGCUUUCCGACAGAGACACUCUUCCCACAUUCUUCCAAGACACCCACUUCUUCUUCCCAAAAUGAUCUCACAAGCUUUUCAAGUAGCCAUCAGCCAGUUAGUGGCAUCAACGCUGAGAAAAGGACCUCGGUCUCUCACACGGAUGGCACAUACAUUUCAACCACAUAUACCAGAGGAGGAGAAAGGACCCUCCUGUCUAUCUCUAAUAGCAGCACCUCUGCUGACUCCUCAGAAAGUUCCACCUUUUUUUCUGAAAUUUCCAACCCUUCUGAUUCGUUUAAGUCUUCUGUGGCACAGGACAGGAGAAGCAACAUAUCCAGCGAUGGCAGUUUUGUGGAACCAUCUACAGAGCCGUUGCUGGUACACCCUUCCGAACUGUCGACUUCUGCUUCUUCAAGCAGCGUACAAAAUACAACUCUCUUCAACACUGACUCUGAGCUGUUGACCACUGGCAGAUCAACUCUAUCUUCAUCAGCAUUUCCAGCCUCUUACUCAGUAUCAUCGCUGCAUCACUCGCCAUCAUCAACACCACCAACAACUUACUUGUUUACAUCAUCAGAGUCAUCUGAGCCACUCUCGUCCUCUGUGGUGGCAUCUUCAGCCCCUCUGCAGGCUUUGUCGUCCUCCUUGCCCACUUCCUCAUUGCUUUCCCCAUCUUAUUCAUUAGCAUCUUUAUUGCCUCUGUUUUCAUCACCAUCAUCCGUCUCACAGUCCAAUGAUAGCGAUCAAGCAAGAACCUCUGCAGCUACGACUGUGGUCAGGCGAGUGCCUUCCACAGCUGCUGUGGCUAGGAGCUCACCCAGAGGGACCAACAAGCACGAUGUCACACACCAGCCCCAAAACAGCACCACCUUCACCUCCACCAGGUCUCCUGUCCCCACAGCACCCAUGGAGCAGCUUGGUGGACGCAUUGUGUCCAUGACUGUUCCUGUGACAGUAACUGAGACUGCCUCAUUGAGAACCACCACCACCCAGCAAAGUGGCUUUGAGAAGGCAACGUCACUACUCCCCACAGCUAGUGAUGCCCCACAAGCUGGGCCAACGGAUGCUCCCCUUAGUCCCUUACCAAGUGCAACAAACCACAGCAUCACUGUCCCUGAGGCGGCACUGACCACGGUGAAACCUCCUGUGCUGACAACACCAGCCAGUCACUGGCCAACCCCAGGUGAUGCUAGCACCACAAAAGCCCACAGACCUCAAACACCUGCUGCCACUAAGCAUAUGUAUACCACUGGUGAAAGCACAGAAGCUGUGGAUCCCACCACUGCAAGGCCUGGUAAAGUCACUGAGGAAAACAUCCCUGUUAUGAGUCCUUCUGAAGCCCCUCCAACCAGCAAGACCACUGUGACCAUUGCAACUACUUUGGCUGCUACCAAACCAACCACUGUUCCUCCAUCAAGCAGCACAACUGGGCUGAGGACAUCAUCUUCAGCAACAGAUGUGGAUAAAUGUCUUUCCAACCCUUGUCCUGCGCUGGCCACCUGCAACAACACCCAUGGCUCCUAUAUCUGUCAGUGUCCUCUUGGAUAUGAGUUGGAAAAAGGAAAGUGCAAUUUAGUAAGAAUAUUUAUUGGCCAGGUCCCCCUGAAACUUAAUAUUACCCAUGGGAAGUACGCAGAGCUCCUCCAUGUCGAGGGUGAAAUCCUGGCGAUGCUUGAUGCAUCGCUGUCAGGCUUGCCAGGGUACCAGCACUCCACAGUUAAAGCGACCAGGGAGGCAAAUUUUGUGCAUGUUUCAGUGCAAUCCACGUUCUCUUUAGCAUCCAACGUGACCUUCUACGACGUUGUCAGCAGCGUGAAAAGCUACAUUCGUGCUUGCAAAUCCCCCACUGAUGCCUGCCAGUUCAUCUCCAGCCUGAAACUGCUCCACAGAGUUGGCAGCUUGUGCAAGCAGAAAGACCCCGAAUGCGACAAGGAAACUUCUGAGUGCACCGACUUCGAUGGGAUCGCGCUCUGCCAGUGCAAAAGUGGGUACUUCAAAUACAACAAGAUGGACCACUCCUGCAGAGCCUGUGAAGAUGGCUAUAAGCUGGAAAACGAGACCUGUGUGAGCUGCCCGUUUGGAUUAGGUGGAUUCAACUGUGGAAACCCUUAUCAGCUCAUCACCGUGGUGAUCGCUGCUGCAGGAGGGGGACUUCUGCUUAUCAUGGGCAUAGCACUGAUUGUCACCUGCUGCCGGAAGAAUAAAAAUGACAUAAGUAAACUCAUUUUCAAGAGUGGGGAUUUCCAGAUGUCACCUUAUGCUGAAUAUCCGAAGAACCCCCGGGCACAGGAGUGGGGCAGAGAGACCAUCGAGAUGCAGGAAAAUGGAAGCACCAAGAACCUGCUGCAGAUGACAGAUGUGUAUUAUUCGCCAACUGGACUGAGAAAUCCUGAACUGGAAAGAAACGGACUUUAUCCUCCCUACACUGGCUUGCCUGGAUCUCGACAUUCAUGUAUCUACCCCGGACAAUACAAUCCAUCCUUCAUUAGUGACGAAACCAGAAGAAGAGACUAUUUUUAGUGGGGAGUGGAGAGGGAGUGGAAGAUUGACUCAGUUUUGUGGCCCUUGAUCCCCAGGUACAAUCUAUCUCCUGGGCAGUUCAGCCCACAUCAAUCUUACUCUUCCCAUUUAACAGGAAGGACUUUGAACUCCAUGCUGAGCGUUGCUGCCCUGAGGAACGGUUACACUUGCCGAGCAGCAGAGAGAAGGAGGAAGAGAAGGGAAUGGCUCAAGGUGCGCAUCACUAAGAGGCCCACUUGGAAGUUAACAUGUACUCUGGAUUUGUUCUGUGCUGCUGCUUCACUCUUUAUGCUACAUGGCAAGCAUGGAUCAGUACAGGCAGAUGAACUGUGCCCAGCACUCUUCAUUGAAUACCACUAGGGAGUGUUUUGUUUACAGAUCUUGUUCACUGUUGACUGUGCUUGUCUUCUUAGCCAACCUUCAUGCAAAGAUUCUUUUUGCAAUUGCUUUUGGUAGGGCAGGUUUGUCCACUCCCUUUUACUUUCUGCUUUGUACAUGACAAGGAAGCUGGCUUGUCCUCUGGCCCUCA